CCAGCAUGAAGCCUUUGUGGAAUACGCUGUACCUGCUGGUUACCAGGUGAAUACGCUGCAGCCUCCUUCUGUGGAGGUUAACUGAAAACACAAUGUUGAGAACUUUCAGCAGAUUUAUGAUGAAGGUGGGGAUGAUGAAUGCUUCAGGCCAGGUGAGAUCUUGUCAGCUAGUGAAGCCCGUACCUAUGACUCUUGUUACUAGCAGAUACCUGAACCACCAGAAGGGGCUGCCCCAUGUGCCCGUCCCCCCUCUGCGAGAAACCUGUGAGAGCUACGUCAGUUUCCUGGAGCCCAUCGUAGAGGAGGAUGAGUUGAAGCAAACAAAACAGCUGGUGGAGGAGUUCAUGAAAGAAGGAGGGGUCGGAGAGAAACUGCAGAGAAUGCUGGAGAAGAAAGCAUGCAACACUGACAACUGGACAGCAGACUACUAUGGGAAGGCACAUUACUUUGAGAACCGGAACUCUGUGGCGAUUUAUUCAAAUUAUUCGAUUGUGUAUCCCCGAAUGGCAUUCAGGGAUGAGCAGGAACACAUAAGGUCUGCAGCCAAAAUAGUGGCAGCUCUUUUGGAAUUUAAGACAAUGAUUGAUGAUGAGACGUUACCAGCUGAGAAUUUUGGAGGGAAUCCUCUGUGUAUGGGACAAUAUUCACAGCUGCUGUCAGCCUGCCGUAUCCCAGGCCUGGAGACGGACUCUGUGAUGUUCCAUGGCAAAAACUCCAAUUACAUUACGGUGGCACAUAAUUCUCAGUUCUUUAUGGUGGAUGUCUACAACAGUGAUGGCACUCUGCUGACUGUUGAUCAGCUUUGUGUUCAGCUGAAGAGGAUUUGCAACUCAUCAGAGAUUCACACAGAGCCUGUGGGUAUCCUCACCACCCUGAAUCGUGACUCCUGGAGCAAAGUCUAUCUCAGCCUGAUCAAAGAACAGACAAACAAAGAAUCAUUGUCAGCUAUUGAAAGGAGCAUCUGCACAGUGUGUUUGGACAGAGCCAUGCCUCAAGAGUCUGAGGAGUUCAGUCUAUGUGAUUUCCACCUAGUAACACAUGGAGGAGGCAGUCAGUGGAACAGCGCCAACCGCUGGUUUGACAAGUCACUGCAGAUAAUUAUUGCAGAAGAUGGGUCAUGGGGCAUAAAUGUGAAUCAUAUUGCUGCCGAUGCUACAGUUACUAUGGCCUUCACUGACUAUCUUGUAGCAUCCAUGAAGAAGCCAGAGAUGAUGCAAUCUGCCAUUACUCCUUCACCCAUGCCGCAGAAACUACACUUCAGCAUCACACCUGAUAUCAGGAAGGUCAUUGAAGAGGCUAAAAGGAGCAUGGACAGAAACAUCCAAAACUUGGAUUUGAGUGUUAUGGUUUUUGACCACUUUGGGAAAGAUUAUCUGAAGGCCCACAACCUGUCCCCUGAUGCCUUCAUCCAAAUGGCCUUACUGCUGGCCUACUACAGGAUGAACAAGCAGUGCUGUGCGUCAUAUGAAGCUGCCUUCCAGCGUAUGUUCAGACAUGGACGUAUAUCUCUAGUGCUUCCAACAUCGAGUGUCUCAGCUGCCUUUGUAAAAGCCUUUGAUGACCCCAAAAAGCAGAACACACAGAAGAUUGAUCUGCUGGAAAAGGCCGUAAAAACCCACAGAGAGAAUACGAACGUGGUAAUUAGAGGACAUGACAUAGUGAUCCAUCUCUAUGCUCUCAAUAUGCAAGCUGUUGAGAAUAAAAUCUCCAUGCCUGACAUCUUCACAGACACUUCCUACAAUAAAUUCUUUGAUUUCCAACUGAUCACAAGCCAGGUGACAUCUAAAACUGGCUCUGUGGUAGUCCAACAAGUUGAUGAUCACACUGGAUACCAUGGGUGCUACGGUGUGUAUGACAGUCACUUCGUCUUUGAGCUGGCAGCUUCCAGCACCUACAAAAGGCAAAACGCACAUCAUCUGAUCCAAGCUGUGAAGGAUGCACUCUUGGACAUGAGGGCCUUGUUGGAACAAAGUCCAAGAGCAACUUAAAAGUAAUCCAGUGCUAAAACACUGAUUCUUUUUUUUUUUCAUAUGUAUGAAGAAUCCUUAUUUCACUCUGUUCAUUCAACAGUUGUAUAUCUGAGGCUGUGCCAAAAUGUGUGUUUGUUCUAAAUACAUUCUUAAA